UGUUCUUCUUGAAAAUGGACUCAACGAAAGGACAUUAUGACCGGACAUUAUGAUUUGACAACCAGGUCUGGUGACCGCCUGCCUAUUUUAGACGUGUUUUCUGCCACUUCGGCAACUUCCAUCGUACUGAAGCUGGGUGAGACAAGCUGCAGCUACACAUCCAGCCUCGAGGAAUUGGGCUUUUGCGGAACUUCCUGCUAUUGUUGUCCUAUCAUUCAGACCGUUGAGUAGUCUUGAGAGCUGCCAAAUUCCGAACUUCGCAAGUUUAGAGCUCAUCGAUUACCCCGCGCCCUACCCCACCUUCAUCAUGGCACCUCUCUACGAAGCAUUCCCCGUUCUCAAUUCCGGGCACCUAGAAGUGUCUUCGAUACACUCAAUCUAUUACGAAGAAUGUGGUGCCCCCAAUGGAGUCCCGAUAGUCUACUUACAUGGAGGCCCGGGCGGUGGGAUCGAAGACACUGACAGACAGUAUUUCGAUCCUUCCCAUUACCGAAGUGUUCUUUUCGACCAACGAGGAUCUGGUAAAUCGACUCCCCAUGCGUCCCUCGAGGACAACACCACCUGGCAUCUCGUAUCAGACAUCGAAGCUCUGCGAGAACACCUUAAGAUCGAGAAGUGGAUCGUGUUUGGUGGCUCGUGGGGAUCGACUCUAGCAUUAGCCUACUCCGAGAAACACCCCGAAAGAUGUCUAGGCUUGAUAUUGAGGGGCAUAUUUACUUUGAGGAGAGAGGAGUUGCUGUGGUUUUACCAGAAGGGUGCAGACAUGCUGUUUCCAGACUUCUACGAUCCAUAUAAAGCCGCCAUUCCGGAAGAAGAACAGGGAGAUUUGAUGCAAGCCUACUACAAACGAUUGACUGGCGACAAUGAAGAGGAAAAGCUGAAAUGUGCCGAAGCCUGGUCUCGAUGGGAGAACUCCCUGUCGAAACUGAUUAUAGACCCAAAGUAUAUCGAGAGAGCAGAAAAUCCACAAUGGGCUCUUGCGUUUGCACGAAUUGAGUCUCAUUUUUUCGUGAAUGGUGGUUGGAUGAAGGAUGGCCAGUUAAUCGAAGACGCGCAUAAAAUCAAGCAUCUACCCAUCGUCAUAGUGCAGGGUCGCUACGAUGUGGUUUGUCCUGCCAAGACGAGCUGGGAUCUAUACAAGGCGCUUGGGGGUGCGGGAAACAGUGGCGUCGAGUACAAGAUAUUGAACGAGUAUGGUCAUAGUGCUCAUGAGCCGGGUAUCGAAGAGGCAUUGGUCGAUGCAGCGAACAAGUUCAAGUCUAUCAAGGCAUGAAUUAAAGUACUUGGCCAAUCCCCGAGCAUUGCUAAAGUAGGUUGCCAAGAACACUGCAAGAAUAGCUACAGACUGCCCGAAAGUCCUGACAACAGCGUUGUGAUCUUAUAUCGCAGAUGUUGGAGUACAAUAGCAUCUUUGAGCUUUUGAUUUGAAAGUUCACAACAUUUUGUUGUUCAAAAGCUGUCUUUGAAUUCUUUUCAAUUUAUUCUACUCGAACGAAGUUCUGUUUUGAGCCU